AUGGCGGCGGCCUCGGGCGCGGCGCCCAAAGGUGCAGAUGCACCUGUGGUCGCUAUCGCGAAGAAGUUCUGCCUCACGGGUGCGGCGUCUAUGUGCGCGGAAAGUGCGACCUUUCCGAUCGACAUCACGAAGACGCGGUUACAGCUGCAGGGUGAGGCUGGCUUUGCGGGCUCUAGGCUUGGCUUCUCCAGCAUGUUUACCACCAUCUUGAGGAACGAGGGCAUGGCUGGAUUGUACACGGGCAUGGCCCCAGCUGUUGCACGGCACAUACCUUACACAGGGUUCCGCGCCAUUGGAUAUGAGUACAUCCGCACAUUAUUCUGUGGCGAGGAUACGAGCAAGGCCAGCUUCUUCGCCAAGGCGGCGUCCGGCAUGACCGCCGGCGGCGUCGGCCAGGCCAUAGCUGUGCCGUUAGAUUUGAUCAAGGUGCGGAUGAUGGGCGACGGCCGCUUGGUGGCCGCGGGCAAGCUGGACAAGCCCAGAUAUUCCGGGCUGGUCCACGCGCUCAAGACCAUCUACAGGGCGGAGGGUCUGCGCGGCAUGUACACAGGCUGCGCUCCUGCGAUCCAGCGGGCAGCGCUCGUAAAUCUGGGCGAGCUGACGACGUAUGAUACUGCCAAGGGCUACUUUGUGGGCAUCCUGGGCGACACCUUGCCUUGCCACAUCUGCUCGGCGGUCUGCAGCGGUUUCUUCGCGUCCCUGUGCAGCACGCCGGCCGACGUGGCGAAGUCGCGGAUCAUGAAUCAGGCGAAGGCCGCGGACGGUUCCGUCAUGUACAGGGGCACGCUGGAUUGCUGGGUCAAGACGGUGAAGGCCGAGGGCCCGCUGGCCCUCUACAAGGGCUUCCUUCCGGGCUGGUUGCGCCUCGGGCCCUGGCAGCUGGUGUUCUGGGUCACCUACGAGCAGCUGCGGAUCGUCUGCGGCAUCGGCGGCUUCAAAUCGGUGCCCGCCUCGACGUGCGUUUGCCCGACGCCCUCUCCGCUGACGGUGGCUGGCGGCGCAUUGUUGGUGGCGCUGCUCAUCGUCGGCGCCUACUUGCUCGGUGCGCUGUGGGGGCUGCCGACCCGCGAGGUGCGGGUAGGGCACUCGCCUGGGCCGCAAGUGGCGGUGACGGACGACGCGACGGCGCUGAGGCAGCAGGUGAUGCUGGACUGGGGCGAGCCGCUGGCAGCGCUGCUGGUGGUGCUGUGCUUCACGUGCUACCUGAGGGGAACGUUCUUCACGAGCAUCGAUGCCACUGCGGAGCCCAAGGCUGCCAGGGUGAGGUUCAUGGAGAAGAGGGGCCGAGGUUGCAGGCGGCAGAAGCCUCGAGACAAAGGAGGUCAGCACAAGCUGGUGUUCAAGACGCUGGAGCAGACCACCGCGGGCCCGCGCAUCACAGAGCACCAUCGGGAUAUCACCGAGCUUGCCAACACGCUGGACCAGCGCCUGGCAGCUCUGCUCCGAGAACACGAGAAGGAUUUCUUCCUCGCCUACAAGACGCACAUGUAUACCGUGCAGAAGGAGAUCAAGACUCUGAAGCACAAGGCCGAGCAGGAGGAGGCCAAGACGAGGGGAGACACCAAGAUCAAGGCACUGGAGGGAGAGCUCGACUGGUUCAUGACGGAGGCCCUGCGACUGGACGAGCUCUGCAAGGGUUACAAGAAGGAGGUGGACAAGUGGAAAGCGAAGUCGGACGCCUUGGACAAUGACAGGCGCUUCCUCGAGGACCAGAUCAAAGGUGCCAAGAGGCAGAACAAGAUCCUCCGCGCGGCAGCGGAGCGAGCGCGCUCUUCUGCGUACAGCGCCCUGAUGACCACCAAGGCUCGCACAGAAGGUGGGUAUCCUGGUGGUGCUGGCAACACCUUGGCGCUGGCGCCCGCGGAGCUUGCCCCGGAGGCGGGUGAGCUCCGCCAGCGCCCCGCCAGCGCCGACGGCGUCGAGGAGGGCUUCCGCCCGGCGGCAGGCUCCGGCGCUCGCCGCGCGCUCGAGGCGCGCGCCAGGACGCCAGAUGGCCGCCAGGGCUUGUCGCCUGCUGGCGGCCAGCCCCUGCGCGCGCUGGCGAGCAGCGCGUCCGAGCCAGACGCGCUGCUGCCCCGCCAGAACGAGGUGCUCACCGCAGCGAGGGGCGGCGGGCUCGGCAACGAGGCUGAGGAGAGGUACGUACAGGCGAUCCAGCACCUGAAGAAUUCCAUCGCUCGCGAGCAGCAGACCGCCCGCAUGCUACAGGCACGGCGCGCGACGCAGUACUCGCAGAAGAGCGAGUUGGAGGAGCUGUUCCUGAAGUGCAUCGACGAGUCCAGGAAGCAGAGGGGCAGGAGGCCGCACGCGGCCUUGCGCAAGGACAAGUCGUCCCGUGAGAAGGCGCUGGAGUCCCUGCUGAGCAGCGACGAGAUCCUCGUCUCUCUCUACGAGCGCCUCUUCCCGCACCGGAGCGGCAUUGCCCGGAGCCUCGGGAACACCGGCGGCGAGGACGCGCGGAUGGGAGCAUCGCAGUUUCUCGUGGAGGACCAAGCCGCGUGA